AGCAAAUUCAUGAUUACAUGUGAUUUCGAAAUUUAAACGCUCAGCUUCAAAUUAUACCGUAACGUCGGCACUAGAAAACCGAAAUAAAAUUCGAAAUAAACCUCAAACCGUAUCAAACCGAACCGGAUGAUAUCGAUUUGAAAACCGGACUGGCUUGGAUUGAACAAGCGAAGCAACGAGAGAAAGUAUCUACGGUUUCUCUGUUGCUUGUAUUUUUUGUGUGUCGAUUCGACGAAGCUUAUUUUUAUGGUUUUGCGAGGAAGAAGAAGAAGAAGGAAGCUGCAAUUUCAAGUCUUUAAAGAGAAUUCUUGAAAAUCCUUAAGAGAAAUGAAUGGUCACUGUUUAUUUGCAGCAUCUCCUCCUCGUCUCUUCCCUCUUCGCUCUAUAUCAUCGAGUGUUUCUCCAUCCGGUAGUUACAGAAUCAAAUUCUCCGAUAAUGUCGCCGUUGAGUGUCGGAAUCUCUGUUUCUCCGUUAGUACAAGACAAGGUAUAUCUGUUCCUAUUCUCCGUGAUUGCUCCUUUCGGAUUCCUUCUGGACAAUUGUGGAUGAUUCUUGGUCCUAAUGGCUGUGGCAAAUCCACCCUUUUGAAGAUUUUAGCUGGUGUAGUGAAUCCAUCCAGUGGCACUGUCUUUGUGGAGAAGCCGAAGAAUUUUGUAUUUCAGAAUCCUGAUCAUCAGGUAGUGAUGCCUACAGUGGAAGCUGAUGUGGCAUUUGGUCUUGGCAAGUAUCAUGACAUGAAUCAGGAAGAAGUUAAGUCUAGGGUGAUUAAAGCUUUGGAGGCUGUUGGUAUGCGUGAUUAUAUGCAGAGACCGAUUCAAACUCUCAGUGGUGGUCAGAAACAAAGAAUUGCCAUUGCUGGUGCUUUAGCUGAAGCGUGCAAAGUGCUAUUGUUGGAUGAGCUCACAACUUUCCUAGAUGAGUCUGACCAGAUGGGUGUGAUCAAAGCUGUAAAAGAUCUGAUAAAUGCAAAGAAAGGAGAUGUGACGGCAUUAUGGGUGACACAUAGGUUAGAGGAGCUCAAGUAUGCGGAUGGAGCUGUGUAUAUGGAGAACGGUAGAGUGGUCAGACAUGGUGAUGCAGCCACCAUCUCAGAUUUCAUUAAAGCCAAACAAUCGUCUUACAUUGAUCAAAUUGGUUCUUAACUUCCUUUGCUAAGGAUUUUUUUCUUUAUUACCUCUAUAUAUAUAUAGAGGUAAUGAAAAGUCGAUUAUUUGCUAAUAAUUUGUGAAAAAUUGUGAUAAUAUAGCUCUGCAGAGGGUAAUGUAGUUAGGAGGGCUCGAACUAGAGUUGAAUACGAGUAAACCUCUGUUUUCCCAAAGGGAAAAUAAAGAAUGUUUGGAGAAAACUCCAGGUUGUAAGUACGUCCCCAAGUAUUGAUUAGUAUAAUUAAAUUAUAG